UUCCAGCGCCUCGGGACAGCCAGUCUGGAAGCGCGCGGGGGGAAGUCCCACCUCUCCGGGCGGAAGCGGGCAUUGUUGUGGCUGACGUCACUGGCGGAGGACGCGGGCGUCCCGUUGGGUCGCGCUCCUGGUGGCGGCGCGGCGGAGGCGGCGGAGGGCCGGCGGGCCCAUGGCCAGCGCUGGCAGCCCCCUGUAUGAUGCUGUUCCUAUCCAGUCCAGUGUGGUUUUAUGUUCCUGCUCAUCUCCAUCAAUGGUGAGGAACCAGGUGGAUUCCAGCCUUCAACCUGUUGCUGCUGCCUGUGGCAGCAGACAGGAACUGAAUAUGGAGAGCACCUUGCAACAGCCUCCACAGCCUCGAAAGAAACGCCCAGAGGACUUUAAGUUUGGGAAGAUUCUCGGGGAAGGAUCUUUUUCCACAGUGGUCCUGGCCAGAGAAUUGACCACUUCCCGAGAAUAUGCCAUUAAAAUUCUAGAGAAGCGUCAUAUCAUCAAAGAGAAUAAGGUCCCCUACGUGACCAGGGAGAGAGAUGUGAUGUCCCGCCUGGAUCACCCGUUCUUUGUGAAGCUCUACUUCACAUUUCAAGAUGAAGAAAAGCUCUAUUUUGGUCUCAGUUAUGCUAAAAAUGGAGAGCUUCUAAAAUAUAUCCGAAAGAUUGGUUCAUUUGAUGAGACAUGUACGAGGUUUUAUACUGCUGAAAUUGUGGCUGCAUUAGAGUACUUGCAUGGAAAGGGAAUUAUCCAUAGGGAUCUGAAACCAGAGAACAUCUUGUUAAAUGGUGAGAUGCAUAUUCAGAUUACGGACUUUGGGACAGCAAAAAUAUUGUCUGCAGAUAGUAAACAAGCACGAGCAAACUCCUUUGUAGGGACAGCACAGUACGUGUCUCCAGAGUUAUUAACAGAAAAAUCUGCCUGCAAAAGUUCUGAUCUUUGGGCUCUGGGCUGCAUCGUGUACCAGCUUGUAGCAGGGUUACCACCAUUCCGAGCUGGAAAUGAAUAUCUCAUAUUUCAAAAGAUAAUCAAACUGGAAUAUGAAUUCCCAGAGAAGUUCUUUCCCAAGGCAAAAGAUCUUGUAGAAAAGCUUCUGGUUCUGGAUGCUACCAAACGGUUAGGAUGUGAAGAAAUGGGAGGCUAUGGACCUCUGAGGGCCCACCCGUUCUUUGAUUUCAUCACCUGGGAAAAUUUGCAUCAUCAGACCCCACCCAAGCUCACAGCCUACUUGCCCGCCAUGUCUGAAGACGAUGAGGAUUGCUAUGGGAAUUAUGACAACCUUCUGAGUCAGUUUGGCUGCAUGCAAGUUUCCACCUCAACCUCUUCUCAGUCACUGUCUUCCCCAGAAAUGGGUCCCUUGCAGACUUCUGGAAACAACAUAGAACAAUACAUCCAUGACCUGGACAGCAAUUCCUUUGAGCUGGACCUCCAGUUCUCAGAAGAGGAGAAAAGGUUGCUGUUGGCAAAGCAGGCUGGUGGAAAUCCUUGGCACCAGUUUGUAGAAAACAAUUUAAUACUGAAAAUGGGGCCUGUAGACAAGAGAAAGGGGCUGUUUGCCCGCCGGCGACAGCUGCUGCUUACGGAAGGGCCACACCUGUACUAUGUUGAUCCCGUCAACAAAGUCCUGAAAGGCGAGAUUCCUUGGUCACUGGAACUCCGACCAGAAGCAAAGAACUUCAAGACCUUUUUUGUCCACACACCUAACAGGACAUACUACCUGAUGGACCCAAGUGGGAAUGCUCAUAAGUGGUGCAAAAAGAUACAAGAGGUUUGGCGACACAGAUAUCACCAGAAUGCUGCAAAAUGAGACUGCCCCUCAGUGCCCAUCUCACUCCUUUGCUGCUAGAGUGCCACGUGCCCCCAGACGGAGGACUCUUCCACGCCCGGCUCACCUCCAGCUCCAGGGCCGAACUAGUUCUCCUUCUGAGGAGGAGAAGGGAGGAGGAGGAGGAGGAGGAGGAAAAGCCCAGCCAGUGGAAUUCAGGGUUGCUUUGCUUGCUUUUGUGCUUCUGGUGGAGCUUCUACACCCCCCCCACACACCCACAUUCUGCUGAUACUGAUUACGUUGGCUUCUGCUGCAAAUGAGUGGAGUUUGCAUUGCUGGCUUCGUCCUAGACCAGUUAAGGUAGCCGAGCCCAGAUCAUGUGGGGCCUGGAUUAUUACUGUGAUCUUCUGAUUAAUCAUGCAACUGUGUUUUGGGGAGCUUGGAAAUCUCUCUUCACGAGAAGUUGCCACCCUUGAUGCUGCUGCCGUCACUUUCAUUUCUAACCGUUGGUUCUUUGGUAUCCAGCACUUGUCAUCACUCUGGGUGUAAACCCACAAAAUUCUCCAGGUCAUGUCCAGUUGCAGGAUCUCCAAGGAUGGUACUUCUAAUGCCUGCCAGCCUGUCUGCCUUCAAGAUGCACUCCGGCACAUAUGGAAAGUGAAAGGAAUGGUGAACGUGACCCUUGAAAUCCUGGCAUUCUAGUAUCAGACAUUUUUAAAACAUGAAAUUUUAAUUUGAUGCAUUUACAUGUUUAACUGAGCAUAAAAAGUUACCAGCAUGAUUUUAACUAAUACUAAAGGUGAACUAGUUAGUACAAAAUCGUAUUGACGUAAUAAAUAGACUCUUCACUUUUUCAGAAGAGGGAGCAAACGGUUUUUUUUCCAAGGUCUGGCAGGGGCAAAGGGUUGCAGGGCCCGGCUUUUUGUGUGGCAAGAAGGCCAAACGAAAUGCUGUUGUACGACUGAUGACUUGAUUUGUUGUCUCUUUGUAUAACGAGGUGUACAAAUAUUCCUGUAUUGUUCAUUGGCCAAGCAUUGUACCUUUUAGCAACUUUGAAAAUAUUUUACAUGAUUUAAAUAUAUUUAAGCCCCUCUAUUAAUUGGACUAAUUGUUGUGUUCAUGUAAAAAUGUUGAUACAGAGGAGGGGAAAAUGUAUGGUACUUGAGUCAUAUCUAUCAUAUGUUUCAUAUUGUUCUUUUGUCUUUUUCCAAUUAAACUGUCACGCUCAAACAUUUCUUGAAAUAUAGGCGAGGUGUUGUUUCCUCACCUCCAGGAAUCCUUCACUUUGUGCAGGGCCAGCUCUGGACUGUCUCGCCACCCCCAUUUCUGUUCCUGUCACCUUUACAUGCUGAGAGUAGGCGUUUGAGCAAGCGAUGGCCGCUUUGGCUUUUUCUGAUCCAACAGAUGAAGAUGUUGACGCCUCUAUUCAAAGGGAUACUUCUUGUGCAACACAAAAGAGGCCUCUUCUGGCAGGAGCCCAUGAGGAGGUUUGCCAUGGCAGAGUCAGGACAUUCUGGGUUUGGGGCUGAUCUACUGUAGAAGGACUUUGGGCAAUGAGAAAAGCCUGUAUUUUGCUCUCCCGGGUCUUUUUCCCCAGGUCAAGCAGUCAGAUACACAUAACGAGAUCCUACCAAAACCUUAAACCAGAUCAGGAUUCAGGGAGCAUAAAGUUGAGUUUCCUUUGUGUUAUUGUAUUGCAUGGUGGAAUGGGGGGGGGAUUAGCGCUCAAACUGGAUUUGCACAUUGCUGAUCAUUUUCAUUUCUUUAUUUCAAUCAUUGAAGAAACCAGAAAUGUCCUGGGGAUUUGGGCAGGUUUAGGGUAGAAUUCAGUUCACUACUAAACCACUUUGGAACAAAUUUGAAACAAAAUGCAGGUGUUGACAGUCUUAUAAAUGGGUGAAGGGAAUUUAUGGAAAUUAAUGCUAGCCUUCAAAAAUUAUAUAGAAGAUUUGGUUCUCAUCUAAGCACAGCACUUGUCUCCUUUUGAUAAAAAUUCCCUGGCUUUCUUUGCCCCCCCCACCCCUACCCAAUUUUCUGCACAAGCCUGAGGGGCAAAAUAGCACAGCUACUUUAAAAGUUGCAUGGUUUAAUAUAGGUUGAUUCAUUUAAAGAAGAGGCCUUUGGGCAGCAUAGAAGUCAGGAAUAAAUCCAGGUUAUUUUACUGAAUAGCACAGAGGUGCUGAGCCAGCAUAAAGUCCAAAGCAUUUUUGCAGCAUGUACAAUGCUAAUAGAAACAUUAGCCCGGAAGAGGAGAGAGAAUAACAAGAAGGUUGGAUGAUCAGUUACUACUGGGGAAUGUGUUCAAAGUAGCUGCCUACCUCCAGAUUGGGACAUCAUAGUAAGAGGCCUGACCAGUCCUGCAACUGGUCCCUAUUAGGUUGUUGCAAAUCCAAGAAAUUUCCCACUGUCCGGUAAUCAAAAAUCAAUAGCAAUUUUGUUUCAAAGGAGAAGUAAAAAAAGUAAACUUUAUUUUAUUCCAAAUGUACAAAACAUUUACAACUGUACAGUGUUGCUUAAAAGUUUGUAAAUUCUUCUGAAUUUUCAAUGUUUCUGCAUAAAUAUGACCUAAAAUGUGAUCUGUUUUCCAUAUAAGUCCUAAAACUAGUUGAGAACCCAAUUAAACAAAUUAGUAAAAAGCAA